AUGCAUAUUUUUUGGCUUGAUGCUACGAUAAACACAUCUUCACACAGCAUCACAGUUCAAUCGAAAGUUCGAUCUAUCAUUUCUCAUCUUCAAGCAUUCGAUGAUAUUGAUAAAUGUGAAAGAAUAAUUCGAUCACUACCUACAGGCGAACAACUCAUAUUGAUUGUAAGCGGAAGUUUUGGCCGAGAGAUCGUUCCACGUAUUCAUGACCUGCCACAAAUAUCAGCAGUUUAUAUUUAUUGUAUGAACAGCAAGAUCAAUAAGAAAUGGAGCGAUCCAUUCGAUAAAGUCAAAUUGGUUACAGCGAAUAUUGACAAAAUCUUUGCCCAGUUACGUCUCCGACAAAGGCGACGCCUCCUACACGAUGAGCCAAUUUCUUUUUCUAUUUCGGAUCGAUCGAUAGGAGCAAUUGAUGGCAAAUUUCUGCAUUUCCAACUUAUUGAUAUUCUGAUUGGAAUAGCGUCGUCGAAUACGGGAAUAGAUGAAUUCUUAUCUCAUAUGCAAUCAAAAUAUCAGAAAGAUACCAAUCAGCAGUCGAUUCUUCAGGAAUUCAAGAGUGACUAUCGACCAGAUAGAGCGUUAUGGUAG